ACAUCAUGGCCCGGCGCAGUGCAUUGUGGGCGGGGAGGAGAGAACGCCAUUUUCAUUGGGGCGCAGACAGAGGCGGAUACCGGGCACCGACAGCAGCAGCAGCAGAAGGAGGAUGAGCGCUGGAUUCCCGGCUGUUUGCUAGGAAGGCCUGGGGUUCCCGGCCUGCGUCACUGUGACAACUGGGUGCGGCUCCCUGAAAUCCUCUCGAUUCCAUCAUCAUCUUCAUUAUCUCUGGGAGGGCAGCUGCGGGCGGCACUGACAGGGACCGCAGAACGAAUGUAUGACAACAUGUCCACAAUGGUGUACCUUAAGGAAGAAAAGUUGGAGAAACUGACUCAGGAUGAGAUUAUUUCUAAGACCAAGCAAGUGAUCCAAGGACUGGAGGCAUUGAAAAAUGAGCACAAUUCCAUUCUACAGAGCUUAUUGGAAACACUGAAGUGUUUAAAGAAAGAUGACGAGAGCAACUUGGUGGAAGAGAAAUCCAACAUGAUCCGCAAAUCUUUAGAAAUGUUGGAACUCGGGCUGAGUGAAGCACAGGUAAUGAUGGCUUUGUCAAACCACUUGAAUGCGGUUGAGUCUGAGAAGCAGAAGUUGAGAGCACAAGUCCGGCGCCUUUGCCAGGAAAACCAGUGGCUACGUGAUGAGUUGGCUAACACCCAGCAGAAGUUGCAGAGGAGUGAACAGUCUGUGGCCCAACUUGAGGAGGAGAAAAAACAUUUAGAAUUUAUGAAUCAGCUGAAAAAAUAUGAUGAUGAUAUUUCCCCAUCUGAUGAUAAAGAUAGUGAUUCCUCCAAGGAACCUUUGGAUGAUCUGUUCCCAAAUGAUGACGAUGAUCAAGGCCCAGGCAUACAACAGCAGCACAGUAGUGCAGCAGCUGCUGCCCAGCAAGGUGGUUAUGAAAUUCCUGCACGAUUAAGGACUCUCCAUAAUCUGGUGAUUCAGUAUGCUUCACAGGGAAGGUAUGAAGUUGCUGUACCCCUCUGCAAGCAAGCUCUUGAAGACCUGGAAAAGACCUCUGGACAUGAUCACCCAGAUGUUGCUACAAUGCUGAAUAUACUUGCUUUGGUCUAUAGGGAUCAGAAUAAAUACAAAGAUGCUGCAAACCUAUUAAAUGAUGCCUUGGCUAUCCGUGAAAAGACUUUGGGCAAAGACCACCCAGCGGUUGCAGCCACUCUUAACAACCUUGCAGUUCUUUAUGGGAAACGAGGAAAAUACAGGGAGGCAGAACCGUUGUGUAAAAGGGCUCUUGAGAUCCGGGAAAAGGUGCUCGGGAAAGACCACCCAGAUGUAGCCAAGCAGUUAAACAAUUUGGCCUUGUUGUGCCAAAACCAGGGCAAGUAUGAAGAGGUGGAAUAUUACUAUCAGAGAGCAUUGGAGAUUUAUCAAACCAAACUAGGACCCGAUGAUCCAAAUGUGGCUAAAACAAAGAACAACUUGGCUUCUUGCUAUCUAAAACAAGGCAAGUUUAAGCAAGCUGAGACCCUGUACAAGGAAAUUCUGACCCGGGCACAUGAAAGGGAGUUUGGCUCAGUUGAUGAUGAAAACAAGCCAAUCUGGAUGCAUGCUGAAGAACGAGAAAAAUUCAAAGGAAAGCAAAAGGAUGGCACGUUUGGAGAGUAUGGAGGCUGGUACAAAGCAUGCAAAGUAGAUAGCCCAACAGUGACCACAACCCUGAAAAACCUUGGAGCACUUUAUAAACGUCAAGGCAAGUUUGAAGCUGCAGACACCUUAGAAGAAGCAGCAAUGAGGUCCCGUAAGCAGGCACUAGACAAUGCCCACAAACAGAGGGUGGCAGAAGUAUUAAAUGACCCAGAGAGCAUUGAGAAAAGGAGAAGCCGAGAAAGCCUUGAUGUGGUAAAGUACGAGAGUGGUCCUGACGGAGGGGAGGAAGUGAGUAUGAGCGUAGAAUGGAAUGGGGAUGGCACUGGAUCUCUAAAGCGCAGUGGUUCCUUUAGUAAACUUCGAGCUUCUAUUAGGCGAAGCAGUGAGAAACUGGUUAGAAAGCUGAAAGGAGGAAGCACACGAGAGGGUGAACCAAAAAAUCCUGGCAUGAAGCGUGCCAGUUCUCUGAAUGUUCUUAACACGGGUGGCAAGGUUGCUGAAGAUCACAUUCAAGAACGAAAUAAUUGUCUGACAGAGUCGAGAGGGCUGAGUGCCAGUCACACUGACUUGGCUCAUUAAGGUUCAUGCAGAGACGCUAACUAAGAUUCCCUCGACUGCACUGAGACACCCCAAGCUUUGCUUCCUCCUCAUCCUCUUGUAUAAGAAGCGUCUAUGGAAUUCGAUUGUGGAUUGUUUACUUUUAUAAGAAGAGAAAUCAAAUUAGAGUAAUUUUUUUUUUUUUUAAAGAACAAUUUAUUUAUAGGUGUGUAUGUAUGUAAAUUGCUUUUUGGUAUAUUUGUAGAGCUAUAUCUUGAAUAACUGGGCUACUGUUACAGAAGCUGAAGCAUUCUUUCAAUUUACAAGAACUCAUUUUAGCUAUUUACCAGAAGAAUGUAAAAGGUCACUGUAAAAAUGUGCUUAUAUAUUUGGUAGUAAUCCUAAACAUUUAGCAGUGUAGAAUUCAUUAGUGGGCCCAAUACAAUUCCAUGUGUCCCUUGCACUAGAAUGAAUAGGCAUUGCCUGUGGCUGAGGCUGUUUUGAUCAUCACAGGUUUCUCUGAGAAUCCCAUAGCAAGUAAAAUAUUUGGUUUAUUUAAAUAUUGCUUAAAUGCCAGCAAUAGAGACAUUAUGUUUUGGUUCUAGUGCUCCUUUAAAUCAUUUUCUGCUUUAUGAAUUCUGUCCGAAAAGAGAGCAGUGGCCCCAAUAAUGCAAUAGUAACAGUGUCCUUUAUGAUGGACAACUGCUCUUAAAAGUACUGUGUAUUUUGCUAUAGAGUCUGGGGUCAUAUGGUUAGUGGUGUAUGCAUUUGUGUUUGUACAAAGUACAGGUAUGGGAUCCCUUAUCCAGAAAGCUAUUUAAAAAUCCUUAAAAACUUCCUUCAUUUUGGACUCAUUCCCCUUUCUCUCUGUAUUAUCAAGGCUGUACCUUGUACUAAGCUAGCAGAAAUCUCUGUUGACCACCUAAAAAAUACUAUUGGCAUUUUAAGUGAGUUUGGGAAGAAUGUCCACUUAAGUACCUAGAUAUUGCUGGAAGGCCAGGGUGGUAUAUGGGGAGAUAGGCAGUGGUUCCUGUGAUUGAUCACUCUGAGGGAGUGGAAUAAAAUGGCAUAAUCACAAUUCACGUUUACGCUGAACAUGAGAUUUGUAGGGGUUUGUCCCCUUCCCUUGGAAUGCUAAAUCAUCAGGGAGACAACAUUAGCUCUCUUCCCAGAUAUUCUUGUAUCUAUGUUCUCCUAUAUCUAUGAUCAUGUUACCAACUAAGGGGGGACCUUACCAAAUGUUGGACCUCUAAAAGGAGACCAAAAUCUCCAAUUGGGGGGGUGCCAAUUGUUAGGGCACCGCCAAAGGAUUAUAAUGGCUUCCCUGAUACCCUGGGCCAGUGCUACUUUUAGCAGAAAACUGCACCAUCCUGGGGCACUUGUGAGUGAUCCUCUUCAUUCUUUUCGCAAGAGCUCAUGCACAGCAGGGUUAAAAGCUGGCCUUCAACAAAAAAGGCUGCCCUUUUCACUCUACCGCAAAUGCGUCAGCCACUGGAUUUUGAAGAAAGAAGAAGGUAAAGAGGAUUGCUUAUUCACAGUGCACCGGGAGGAGCAUCUGGUAUCUGUUAAAUGAUUACAAUCCUUGGGGGGGUGCUCCCUUGGAUUGGAGCUUUCAGAUCUCCUUUAACUGGCUUUCUCAAUUUAGAGAAUUUCAAUUUCUCAAUUAACACAGCAAAUCUGUUAUAUAGAACACCCCAGAUUGCAGGCAUUCUGGAUAAAAGCUCCCAUACCUGAAAUAUACAUAGAUCUCAAGAAAAAGUCGUUUGCUGCAGAUUAUAAAUAUUUUACAGUGUACAUAUUAGUGUGUAUUUUACUUGAAGUAAAAUAGGUUUUUCUUUUACUCAGAGAUUUGUGGUAACCAGUAAAAUGCUGGUCAUAUUUGCUUUGGUAUAUUUUGCUUUUCGUCAUGUUACACCUAAAUGAAUUUUUUUAAAGAUUAUGGCAUUUUGAAUAAGAAAAUGCUACAUUACAGAGUUUACGUUUUUCACUGUGGCCCUGGGCAAGCUCCUAACUGCACAGGGCUGUACAUGUUACAAAUCAAUGUUUAGCGAGUAUUCAGUGCUGCUAAUCUU